AUGCGAAUCUGCCGCGGGGCUCCACGCGAGAUGGUUCGGCAGUCCGCCGCCAACACUGCCCUCUGCACCGACCUACAGGGGAGCGGAGUGGGUUCGCUACGUCCUGUGGCCGUCCACGCAGUCGCUCCCACUCGGGCAGAAGGGUGUGCUGUUUGCGAGUGUCGUGCGAGGAGGGAGGGUCGUGGUGGCAUUAACCGCGCGCCGUGAGGAUGUGUUUUGACAGGUUUGGUGGCCGGUCAAGUGUGCUCGAGAGGGAGAAGCGGGCGAGGGAGGCGUUGCGGGUGACCACUGGCAGGGAGGUCAACAAUGCCCCCGGCUGCGCCCGUGGUGGAGCUGAGGAAAGGCGUCAACAAUGCCGAUCCGACGUCGCUGGCAAUUGGUAAGACGAUCAGGCGAUGGACGACGAGCGAAGAAGGUACAUGUUCUUUUUUGGCAUCUGACUGCUGCAGAGCGUGUUUCCGAACCAUCCGUUUCCAUCCCCCCUCGCCAAGUCCCUCCCCGUCUCUCCCUCCCCCUCUUCGGCUCUUCCGGCCGCCCCCAAGCCCCGCAAAUGGCUGA